UCUCUAAAAUAUGACUUAAUAGAAUGCGUAAGGCAAAUAAUUGAAGAUAGAUUUGGUCGCUGAACUAACCAGCGUCGUAUAUUUAAUGUAUUUCAACCAAAUUAGCAAAGUUAUUAGCUGAUUUUAGUUUGCUAACUUAAUGCUAAUUUUUGAACGUGAUGUUCUAUGCACAGUCAGUAGCAGCAAAUUGCUAAAAUAUUCAACUUAAUUGUAUGUACUCUAUACACAUGUUGUAUAAGGACCGCGUGUGUUGCAGAAAGAACUGUCUGCUUAACAAUCAAGCAGUAGUAGCUAGCGAUAGCGACAGUAGCGCUAACAUUGGUUGUAGAGGGAGAGUUAGAGUUUGUGCCCUUGUGUCUUAACUGAAGUAGAGGGAGAAGUAGCGCGAGGCUAGUUUGUGGGGUAACCUACAUACAGGGCAUUCGUAAAUUGUCACUCCGAGCACAUUCUGAAACUUUUUAACCGUUCGAAACACUUCCCAGAAAGACAGUAUUUCACCAGUCUCAUGAUACUGUCAAAUCCAUAGACUGUAUAUAUCGGUUAAAACGUUUCAGAGUGUGCUCGGAGUGGCAAUUUACGAACGCACCCAUAGACUUAUAUAUUGACUGAUAUAUUUUUUCUCUCGCAUUAAUGAAUGCUGCUGUGGUUUUGAAUUUACUGGUUUACUUUUAAUUUGACUGUUCAGUAAUUCAUGGAAAAUAAAUAUCUAAACUUAAAAUUGCUAAAAUAUUUAACUUAAUUGAAUGUACUCCAUACACAUGUUGCAUAAGGACCGCGUGUGUUGCAGAAAGAACCAUGUGAUGUCUGCUUAACAAUCAAGCAGUAGUAGCUAGUGAUAGCGACAGUAGCGCUAACAUUGGUUGUGGAGGGAGCAGUAGCACGAGGAUAGGCAAGGGCUAGGUUGUGGGGUAACCUACAUACAGGGCAUUCAGUACUAAUAUAUAGACUUAUAUAUUGACUGAUAUAUUUUUUCUCUGCUGUGGUUUUGAAUUUACUGGUUUACUUUUAAUUGGACUGUUCAGUCAUUUAUGGAAAAUGAAUAUCUAAACAUAAUCUGCACUUGAAUAAUUUAUGGUGUCAACAGUGCAAGAAAGAUGGCCUGCACUGUUUUUUCCUGAGGAGAUAUCUAAAGAAUUUUAUAGAGUCACCAGCAAAAACCUCCAUGAAACUUGGAAUGCAUCUCUUGACAAGUAUACGUCCCGCCUGAUAAAACUUUACCAAGCCAGGAAGACAGCUUUUGGUCAAGAUUUGGAAAAGUUACUGAAUUCACUUGAUGAAGAGACGGCAGACAUUGCGCGCCAUAGAAGGACGACAGCAUUGAGAGGCCUUCCCAUUUUUGUUAGAGAGGAUGCAUCAGAGUUCUUUCUGAAGUGCAUGAACACAGACCCUGAGGAAGAGGUGGUUGGAGGAGUGGCAGUUGCCAUACUGACUGUCUAUGACGAUGAUGAUGGCACCGAAUCCCCACCAGUGACUGAAAUCAAUGUCAUCUUGGAAGGGGCAGUUAUAAAACACGACCUACCUGACCUCGCUGCUGCCUUCGCCUACCUGUUUGGCCUAAUGUAUGCAAUGGACAUAAGCUAUCCAGAGAAGAUGAGGUACACCUUUGAGGCCAUCCAGACUAUCUUUUCCGAGCUUGGUUCAAGAUGCUCGCAGCGCACGCGAUCCUUGAAAGAGAAGCUUUUGCUGUGAAGCCUGUGUAUGAUUUACACUCACACACACAUACACACGAACGCACGCACGCCCAGCUCUGUCAUCACUCCUCCAUGAACAAGCCUACACCAGCUCUUUCACACACACACACACACACACACACACACACACACACACACACACACACACACACA